AUGCGCCUGUCUAUGCUCGCACCGACACGACUCCUGCUUGGAACACUUUCGUCGACCAUGAUUGGGUUCAUGUUGGGUGGAUUCCAGGGAGGGCAGAUGGCGCAGCUACGAUUCCGGGCGGAGCAUGCUCACAAAAUGCCAGACACGACGACGGGCUGGUACUUUUACCACAAGUCGAAAAACUACCAUGCGAUGCAAGGCGGCAUCCGCGAGGGAUUCCGAAUGGCGGCCAAGACGGGAUUUUGGAGCUUUGCGGCACUCAGCUUGGAGACAACGGUCGACCGCAUGCGCGGAAAGAGUGACAUGCUGUCGACGAUAGUAGCGACGGUGUCGGUGGCGGGGAUGUUUUCAUUAACACCGCGUACCGCACGAUACGGGUUUUUGUUUGGGAUCAUGUACGGGGGCGUGCAAGAUGUGUCGGCGCUCGCCCGUGGGCGUCGGGUUGGCUAUGUGGAUGCCAUUCGACGUCUGACCAAUCGGACCUCCGUCCCGGGCGUCCGCGAGGGCUCCGGGCUGGGGCCGAGCUCAGCUGCGUCUUGUUAA